CCUCUCUCUCUCUCUCUCUCUUCCCCUUCCUCUAUAUCUGUGUCACCCUUCUCUCCCACUUCUCUUUCAUACAAUGAAGCCUUUCCUUUCUCUUGUAACUCUCUCUCUUUCUCUCUGCCUCUGGUUUUGAAAACAAUAAUCUUUUCUCUCUUUUCUUUCUUUUCUCUUUUUAUAUAUAUGUACACAUAACAUAUAUAUAUAUAGUUGCUAUUUCCAAAGGUAAAAGAAAGAAGUGAAAACGAAACCAAUAUAAGCUGUAAUCUCUUCUUUGGCAUGAACAUGGAUUCUUCUUCUCAUCAGAACUGGCUUGGUUUCUCUCUUUCCAACCAUCAUCACAUGAGUUCUUCUCAGCUUUGUCUCUUUGAAGCCUUUAGCACCUCCCCCACAGCACCCACAUCCGUUAGUGUAGUGGAUAGAGGACAUGACGAAGAUGCAACAGACCUCUCUAUAUUCACAAGAUCCGCUGCUGCUGCUGGACCAAAGCUUGAGGAUUUUCUAGGUGGUGGCUCUACCGCUGCACCACCACCACCACUGCCAUCACACUCACUAACUCAUCAUCAGUUUUCUACUGAAACACCCGUGACUACUACUGCUAAUGCUACUAGUACUGCUGCUACUACUACUGGGUCUGACAGCACUUGUGAGAUAUACGACUCUGAGCUCAAAUCCAUAGCAGCUAAUUUUCUUCGUGGUUUUUCUUCUACUGCUGAACAACAAACAAAUAUUACCCAUAAACAACAGCUGCAUCCUCAUCAAUCCUUAGCUCAACUAGCUGAUCAAUCUGUACCAAGAAAAGCUGUUGAUACUUUUGGCCAACGUACUUCAAUCUACAGAGGCGUCACUAGGCAUAGGUGGACCGGUAGAUAUGAAGCUCAUUUAUGGGAUAAUAGCUGCAGAAGAGAAGGCCAGAGUAGAAAAGGAAGACAAGUUUAUUUGGGUGGGUACGAUAAGGAGGAGAAAGCAGCUAGAGCUUAUGAUCUUGCAGCUCUCAAAUAUUGGGGUCCGACCACCACUACAAACUUUCCGAUUUCUAACUACGAGAAGGAACUGGAAGAGAUGAAGCACAUGACUAGGCAAGAAUUUGUUGCUUCACUUAGAAGGAAAAGCAGUGGUUUCUCACGAGGAGCCUCAAUUUAUAGAGGGGUGACAAGACAUCAUCAACAUGGUAGAUGGCAAGCAAGGAUCGGAAGAGUUGCAGGCAAUAAAGAUCUCUAUCUUGGGACUUUCAGCACCCAGGAGGAAGCAGCUGAGGCUUACGACAUUGCAGCGAUCAAAUUUAGAGGCCUGAAUGCCGUGACAAACUUUGACAUGAGUCGGUAUGACGUAAAAAGCAUAGCCAACAGCAAUCUCCCCAUAGGAGGAAUAUCAGGCAAGCCCAAGAACUCGCAGGACUCAGCCUCUGACAGCAAGAGCAUUGACGGUGGUUGCCGAUCGGAUGAUCGAGAUCUCUCCUCAGCAUCAUCCCCAGUAGUAACCUUCGCAUCCCAUCAGCCCACGACAACAACCUCUGCACUAAACUUUGUAAUGCCCAUCAAGCAAGACCCGUCUGAUUACUGGUCCAACAUCCUCGGAUGCCAUAAUCCUACUGCUGCUGCUACUACUAGUAGCACUACUCUGAACAGUGCCAAGAACACUAACGCUACUACUACUACCCUUGCGCAAAGCAUUUUGUUCCCAUCUGCCGCGGCAUUUCCAAGCACCACAGCUUUCGGCAUGGACUUGAUCAAUGUAAGUAGUUCUUCGGUCAAUGAAAGCAAUAACAAUAAUAAUAACAAUAACAACAAUGUGUUGUUAUAUAAUGGUGGGUACAACCUUCACCAACAUGGCGAAGGCGGUGGCGGUGGCGGUGGAGGUGGCGGUAUAAGCAGUGGUAGUACAAGUACUUCAAGUUCAAUCCCAUUUGCUACACCAGUUGCUUUAAAUAGCACUGGCAGCAACUACGAUGGGAAUUCUAGUUACGGUAGCUGGAUUGCACAAUCUUUACAUUCUUUACAAUCUGCAAAACCCAAUCUUUCAAUGUUUCAGACACCAAUUUUUGGCAUGGAAUGAGCUCAAAAGGACAAAGAAACAAAAUUUACAUGAGAUCAGGAGGGAGGAAGAGAGGGAAUGAGAAUCUGUGCAAAAGAAUAAUCAAAGUGAAAGAGGAGUGAGUGAGUGUUGGGUGUUUGGUGCCAGCAGCAUGCAUGAACAAUGAACAGAUUGGUGGGUCAAAUUUUUCUUCUUUCCUUUUUACUUAAAAGAUCAGUUGGGUGGGACUGACGGGCUAUUUUGACAGGAGCUAAGCUGCAGCUGACCGUACUUUGCUUUGCUUUUGUUUUUGUUUUUUUUUUUUACUUUGCUUUAUUAUGGUCUUUCGUUGGUUAUCUUUUUUGUUUUUUUUUUUAUUUUAUUUGUCUUUUGCUUUUCUUUUUUUAUUUUCUUUUCACUUUACUGACAUGAAUUUUACUUGGGUAUAAAAUGGAAAAGGAAAAAAAAAAAAAAGAAAAGAAAAAAGAAAUCCUUUUGUAAGCUUUUCUUUCUUGUUAUUGGCAUCUCUGUGAAGAAUGGUUUUUUGCCAAUUUCACAUUCA